AUGGAUAAUAUCCUCGCUCCGUUGCAAGAUGCCUUCGAAGGCCAGAUUGACUUCCACGGUCAACGGCUAGCUGAGCUACUUAGCACGGUACUGCUAAUAAUCUUCGGCGCAAUCAGUUUCCUCGUCGGCUACAUCUACAAAGAUAUCCAUCUCACGCUAUGGACCGGUCUGGGCGGUACACUGUUCACGGCGCUGGUUGUUGUUCCGCCGUGGCCGUUCUAUAAUCAGAAUCCUGAGAAGUGGUUUGGGAGUGUGACGGGGAAGGUUGGGGGUGCGAGGGUUGUUGUUGAUGGUGUUAAGGUUGCUUGA